AUGAAUCCAUACCUCGACAGAAGCCAGAGCAGAGUAACAUUUCGUAGAUCAACUUAUGAUCUCUUCUUGAAGCCAAGCUUGUCAGGAUUGUGCCAAUCAGAAAAGGAAGCCUACCAGCUGAUUCUGGACUUCAUGGAACCCGGCCAGAUGUCCCAGACAGACAAGCUGCACUUCCUGAAUGCUGUGUUAAUUUUGAGCAGUGUUGUGCGUGACCAGGCAAAUGGCAACAUGAAUAACUACUAUCCUAAAACCCUUCUGGCCAAGAAAAUUGAGACAUUCAUCCUGGAAGAGCCCACCGACCUCUUGGACAGCAGUGUGCGUCAGCAAGCCAUGCUCUGCAUUGUGGCCCUGAGCCAGGUGAAGCCACCUUUCCACUUAUGCCAGAAGCUGGACCUGGUUAACGUUAGCAUCACCAGCAUAUUCACCCUGCCCCUCAUCAUGCCUAGUCUAGACCGAAAGGACAGUGCUAGCCUCUACCUCCAGACAAUCCAGGCCUUGGAUGACAUGCUACAAGCUCUUGUGUUGGAAGACAGGAUCCCCAACAUGCUUAUUCUGCAAAACUUCGUGGAGAUCAUCUUACCUUGGUUAAUGCUGUCAGACAAAGUGCAUGAGCAGACCCGAGCCUUGGGCACUAUUUCCCGCUUGCUGAGGUUUAUUUGCAAUUUCUCGGAACUGUUGCACAUGGUAUCAUUCUCCAUAAUGGGGAGGCUGAUUGGAACCUGCAGCAUCUUCUGCCUGAAUCCCAGCCAGGAGGUCAGCUCAGGAGCGCUGGAGACCUUGUACUACUUGUUCACUAUUCUUGUACUUCAGAGAAGUAUCAGACCAAAGACGGAGAGCAUCCUGAAGGAUUUACAGAAGCAUUUCCGAGGAAACUGGCUGGCCAACAUGCAGAAUCUCAUAGUGUUCUUCAGGAAAUACCUGACCCCCGUAGAGAGAGCCGAUGUGAUCAUGGUGGCCAUGGAGGCCAUGACCAGUGGCGACGCAAGCAAUGUCUUUGCAGCCUCCAAGAUGUUAAAGGUGAUUCUGAAGUGCCCUCUUACGGAAGUUGCCAAGGUGCCAGAAAUCAUCCAGGCAAUUUACUACCAAAUAGACAGAAUCACCAACAAAGCUGUUCUGAGUACCAUAAAGAAGAUUUUCCAGCUGCUGGUCCAGACUUACACAGACGAGGUUAUCCUGACGCUGCUCAAGAUACAGGACCAGUCCCAAAGAGGGACACACAAAUCCUGGGAAAUCCUGGCUUCCUUUCCGAGAGGCUACCAAGUGAUCAUGGAGUAUCUGCUGCAGAGGCUGAUUUCACCCCAGACACCCAAGGACCAGGAGACCUGCCAUGAAACAGAGCUCUCAACACCCAUUGUCAUCAGGGCCAUCUAUGAGCUGCUGCUGAUACCCAGCCAGCGCUCGGAGUUGCAAACCUUCUUCGCCUCUAUGUUCGUGGCACUGCUCUUCCAGAUCUCUUUCCUGGUGACUAGCGGGACCACGGCCACCCAGGAGGAGCUGCACGAAAUGGAAUGUGUGGACCCCGUGAGCAAUUCCGUGGAGGCCUUGAAGAUCUUACUGCGGAGCUCGGGGUACACAGACCACAUGUCUUACAUUCAGAGGCUUGGCGGCUGGGAGCUGCUCGUCAGCCCUGAAACGCACUAUGAUGGAGUCACUCUGCUGGCCAGGUCCCUGGUUGUCAAGAAUUGCUGGCACAAUCGGCCUGUCUUCCGCUUCCUCAUCCGGACCCUGGAGAACCCAAAAUGUGCCCACUACUUAACAGCCCUGGUGUUCCUGACGGAGCUGCUGCGCUGUCCAGAUGUGGCGGGUGUUGUGGAUGGAGUCUCCACCAAGGUUCUGGUAGACUGGUUCAAGUGUGAGGACUCAGCCAUAGAGCACCUGUUCCUGCAGAUCACAGAGAUCUUCACAAAACACAGAAACACGAUGAGUUACUUCCACAUCCUGCAGCCCUAUGUGUUGAGCUGCUGCUACUCCUUCAGCUGCGAGCUGGUGAUGGAGACCUUCCUUAUGCUGCAGCGCAUCCUCAAGGACCUUAGUUGGCAUCGCGCCUCCUCCUUCAUCAUCGAGCUGACCUUCACUUUAGCACACUUCUUUGAGGAGGACUCAGAGCAGCUGCGCCUGAUAGCCUUCGAGAUCUACAGGAGCAUCCUAGCUAAGGUCUCCAGGAUGACCCUUGUGUAUCCCUUGAAGCACCAGAUUCUCAACUUGCUGGUCCUCCUUGUGUCCCACCUGAAGGAUGUCAACACCAGUGUGGCAGAGGCCUGCAGGCUCAGUCUCUGCAAGGUAGCUAUCGUCCUGGGCUGGUCCAAACUCAAAUUGGUCUUCGCCAAGAAGGAUGCAUUCACCAUCCUCAGUGCCCUGUUGCAACAGGAAAGGAGCAAGGCGCUCUGGCUUCUGAAGCAGAGUGUGGCUCUUUUCAAGAGUCCGCAGGGCCCCGUCCGCCAGGUGGCUGUCUGGUUCACAGGCCAGAUCAUCCGGGACCUCAACAGGGCUGAGAAAGAGGAAAUCGAUGAGGAGUAUAUAGCCUUCACAUACAUGCAGAAAGACCCUGACCCCAUAGUCAGCUGCCUCACUGUACAGACUUUCUACAUCCUAGAAGUCAAGGACACAGAGACGCCAGCUAAGACCCUUUCCUUCUGCCUCUGCAUGAGGAGGUUCUGA